AUGGCCCAGGUAGAGAUCACCAACGAGUGGUGUGAGGAGCAGGCAGAGUCUUCUUCAUCUACGGCACGACUACACAAGACUGAAGUCACCUACACCAAAGGGAUCGAGGACUUGUUGGAGCAGUUGGAGUCAGAGGGCAAGGACUUGGAGGUCACCCACAACGUGGAUGUUGCAGAGGUGAAGAAACAUUUAGACCGUUGGCGACCAUCUGCUGAAAAGGAGUUCUACAACCUACGGGACACCAAGGAGGCCUUCUGCGUUACAACGAAGGAUCAGCUUCCCCCAAGCACCCUCAUCGUGCCAGGGAAAGCUGUGGUGACAGUGCCGACGAAGGAGACUUAUACGCUGCAGGCGACAUGGGAGACUGGGGGCAAGCGCUACAAGUUGCUCCAAAUGGAGGCCGAUCCUCAGCUAUGGCAAGUUUGUCCAAUAGCACCUGAUGGUACCGUGGGUGUAGCAGAAGCGCAUGUGCUGGUGUACGUGGAUGACAUGCUAAUGGUGGGCUGCGAAGUGGCGGCUAAAGGGUUCGCAAAAUGGAUCGGCAAAAAGUGGGAAUGCCCGGCGCCCGAUUGGUUGGGCGAAGGCCACGACUCCGUCCGGUUCCUUGGCAUGGAGAUUGCUAUGGGACCGCAGAACGAGUUCAUGGUGAGCCAAAAGGCAUACAUUGACGAGCUACUCCGAGGUCACGAUUACAAGGGCUCACCUUCUCCAGCUAUGGCUUCUCGCGAGGCCCUACUACUGACGGAGGCUGAGGAGGCGGAGCUUCUGGAUGCACCGGAAGUGGUUUCAGAAGACACGGCGUGUGUACGAGAAGCCCAGCGAAGAGUGGGCGAGCUGCUUUGGUUGGCAGGCAGAACCAGGCCUGACCUGGCCUACCCGGUGGCCCUGCUGUCUGCAAAGCUACUGCGGAGUCCCAGGGCGGUGUGUACCACGGCCCAUCGAAUCCUCGGCUACUUGAUGAAGACGAAGGAUGAAGUGUUGGUCUUCGACGGCGGCUUUCCCCAGAAUCAGCCCAACGAGCUGGUGGUCUACACGGACUCGAGUUUUUCCCCCAGUGGAGGCUGUAUGCUAGCUACAUCCAUCGCCGACAUCGUCACCGACAUCAAUGGCGAGCCGCCACGACUGGUUCUGAAGGUGGACAACUACUCGGCGGUGGUGAAGACCGUGGUGGCUAACGACUCCCUCAAGGACUUCCUGAAGUACCUCUCCGUGAUCAGCACCUUUUGCUGCGCCAAGGGAAAUGAACGUGAAGUGACGAUUAAGGAGCCCAUCCAGGUGGACCCCUCCGUGGACAUCUACCUGAUCAUUUUGGUCAUUGGGGUGGUGUCGGUGGUGAUGUGGGAACUGGCAAAGGCAGCACUAAGGCUCGCGCAUCCGCGAGCUCGCUUCACGGAUUACGGCUACUUCGGGACCUACAUCGAGGGCGUCAUCUUCUACGGCACCCCCGAGAUCAACUUCCUGACCUACCACCUCCUCCAGCUCAAGGCCCAACCUCAAGCCGAAGGAGACGCUCCACGACUACCUCAACCCACGAGAACCAGGCGCAGACCGACCUCACUGGACCAGUCGUCCGGGCUUUUACAAGGAUGGAGCCUGAAGUACGUGUUGGGAGACACUUGGUCCGUGGACCCUACUUCUGUCUACCAGAUCGCCCUGUUGUCCACUUCCGUGAAGAUUGUUGGGC